CUUCAUAUUUAAAACAACAAUUUUUGAUAAAUUUUCGAAAUGACUAAAAUACCCCUACGAAGAUUCUGCAACAGCCAAAUGGUAAGUCCAUUGGAAGAAAAAUCCCAGGAAAUCCCCUGCGCGGUGAAUUAAUUGCGUGUAAUCUAACAAAGCGUCCCGGCGUCAACAAUCUCUCCACCGAGUGACUUUAAAAGGAGCUGUUGUUUGUUUCAAGAAUUAGAUUCGAGCUUAAGCAGCCUAAUAACACCUCCGAUAUUAAAAAAAAAACCAACGCGUGCCUGCCAAGAAACCCCCUUCCCCUGCUUUCAUUUCUGCCUUUUAAUCCAAUCAUUUUUUUUUAUAUAAUAACAAAAACAAGAUUAAAAGUACUUGGUUAAUAACUGCUACAAAUACCAAAUACCAAACAUAUUCUUUCAUUUUCCCUUUGAUCCCAAAACCCGUUUCUUUCUUUCUUUGUCUGUCAAGCAACACAUUUUUCUCGCCAGAGAGUUUUUAGUUCUUUAAAGAUUCCAUUUUUGAUACCAUAGAUCAGUAAACUUCAUUUACUCAUUUGGCUUGCCAUCUUUUUGGUUUUGUAAACAGGAAAAUUAGAGCACGAGAUUGGAGAAAUAAGAAUUAAAAAACAUGUUGGGUGAAUUCGUUACCAGAUUGCUUGUGUUGGUUCUGGGAUAUGCAUAUCCGGCGAUCGAAUGCUUUAAAACGGUGGAGAAGAAGAAGGUCGAGAUUGAGGAACUCAGAUUUUGGUGUCAAUAUUGGAUUGUUGUGGCGUUUCUGACAGUUUUUGAGAGGAUAGGGGACACAUUCCUUUCAUGGUUGCCGAUGUAUGACGAGCUGAAGCUUACACUCUUAAUCGGCCUAUGGUAUCCUAAAACCAAGGGAAGCGAUUACUUGUACAACACCUUGUUGCGGCCUUUCAUGUCAAGACACGAAACAGAAUUGGAAAGAAAGAUACAGGAGCUGAGAUAUAGAGCAUGGGACUUGGCUUUGUUCUACUGGCAAAACUACACAGAAUUGGGGCAGACAAAAUUCUUCGAAAUGAUACAAUACUUGGGUGGUCAAUCUUCAAGGAUAAAAAAUGGCAAUCAGAAAUCUGGGAAGAACAAGAAUUGGACUUCGACAAAAAUCGAACGUGACAGCCGAUCAGAAUACGACCAGAGCGAUGACUACCCAAUUCCAGAGUCCCCAAGUAACUUCAAGCUCCAACAGGCUUUUUUCAAGAACCGUCAUACCAAACCACACAAGUAACAAUUUGUAACAAAAAAAUAACCCCAAAAUCGCAAAAGAAAAAAAGAAAAGAAACCCAGCAUUUGUUUCUUGCAUACCAAGUCUGAAAUUCUAUUCAUUCUUUUUUUCUCCCUUUGUAAUAUAAAAUAUGUUUCUAUUAUGAAUGUCCGUACAGCUUAAAAGCUUUUUGUUUA